AGAGAGAGAUUAUUUACUGGCCAGGCUAAUAAUGAUGAAGGCUGUUGAAAAAGAACUCUGCAAAUACUUUUCUUCCAUCUAAAGCUUCUCUCUUUUUUUUUUAUCUUUUCUGUAGAGAGAGAGAGAGAGAGAGAUGGGCCCAUAUGAAAAUCUCUUUCUUUUUUUUCCAACUGUGUAGCUUACUUUUUUUUAUCUCCUCUCCUGUGAAGGGAGCUUAAUGCCACAUGACGUUCGCUGGGUUGUAAAAGUUCGAAUAAAGCGUCCACCUCUCUCACACACUUUUUCUUUGCCGUUGCCCAAUAGAGAGAGAUUCCUCUCUCCAUGAAAACUAAUGCUUUUGUCGGUUCGUCGAUAGAUAAGACACUCACUUUUAAUAUUUUCUCUUUGUUUUGUCAAAAUAUGCCCACUAAUUAAAAAAAAGAGAGGAAAAUAUCUCUCUUUUUAUUUGAAUGUUGAACAGUAUUAUUAUAAAGUUUUCAUUUUCGUUUUGUUGAACCAACUUCCCCAAAAUUGAAUACUAUCUUUUGUUUUUGGUUGUUGAUCAGCUCUGGAAAAUUAAAAAGCUUACAUUUUCUGAUUCAUUCAUCAAAGCUUUCCCCCCUUUGUAUGAUUAAGGAAGGUUGGUUUCUUUCUUGACCAAAAGUUGUCAGAUCAACAAUGUGGUUGGAUGGAGAUUAAAGCGUCAAGAUACGCCAGCUCUCUCUCUCUAUCUCUCUCUGUCUUGUGAAGUUUUAUAAGCUUUGAGAAAACUGAUCAUUUGCUUUAGUGUUUUAACCUUUUUGACGUCUUCUCUCUCGCCUUGCCUUGAAAGAUAAUCCCAAAUUCUUUCUUCUCUUCUUGUGUGUGUGUGUUUCUACCGUCUUAUCCGGCGAUCAAAGCCUGGUUCAGGCCAUCGUGCUACCCUGACUGAAUCUUAGCAUCAAAUAAACGUUUUGGAGCUAGUUUGAGAUUUACUUCCGCUUUGCAACUUGCAACAUUUUUUUUUUGGUUUAUGGCUGUUAGCCCUUCAGAGAAGUUUGGAAUCCAAGGAGUUCACAAGAAUCUAAGCUUAUCCUAAGGUACAUCAUUACAGAAAGAUUAAGAAAAAAAGAGCAUUAGAAAGAAAAGAAAACUGAAUAAACCAUAAGAAAGCCAUGGCCAAGAAAACUAGACGGCGUGCAGAUGGUGGACAGGAGAGGGAUCAUUUAGGCUGCAUGUGGGGAUUUAUGAAUAUGUUUACUUUCCGACAUGGACCACUUUCUCACAAGCUACUUUUGGAACCAAAGCAUGCUAUGUUAAUUGUUCCAUCAGCUGACAAGGAUGCUCAAGAAACCCAUGUUGGUGAAGAAGGCAAUGUCACGAUUACGAUUAUAAAGCCAAGUGUGAAGAAACUCAUAGCAGAAGAGUUGUUCAAUGAUAAGAAGCAGAGGGAGAAUGCUGAAGCAGGACAGUUGUCAGACUCUGAACUCGAAGGAAGAAGAAGGAAACACCAUAGGAGAAAAAACAAGACACGCAAGAACAGUUGCGGCAACUUUAGCCAUACUUUAAACACAGCUGAAAGUGAAGCGCCUAAAGUUAACCGCAGAACUAAGAAGGGCUCUGAAAGGAGUCUUGACAUUGAUAAUAUGGUUGAAGAGUUAUGUACCGAGAUACAUCGCAGAAGUAGUACAAGCCGUGGGAAGAAUGAGAUGUUGAACCACAAACAAGGCCAAGAUUAUAAAGAAAAAGUGAGGGAGUUGGUCAAAUUUUUAAUCAGUCAGAAGCUUUUACAUGGAGAAAAUAGUGAAAUCCUUACAUCCAAGGACUUGAUGGAAGUGUUUCAGAUUCUUGGGUCUGAUGAGGAUCUGUUUCUCAAACUUCUGCAAGAUCCAGAGAUACUUGUGCCACACAGUCAGAAAGGAGAAGAAAGCUUGAGCUUGUUUGAGAGAAGAGGACAAUCUUCUCUUGCUGAUAAGAGAUGGUUCAGGAGGAAGAAGGAUACACCACAACAAGAAGUGACUGAUGAUGACAAAGAAUGCGAAGACCGUAUUUUCAUUCUGAAGCCAAGAUCAGCAAGCUUUUCAAGUUUGUCACCUGAUUCUCAUUUGUUGAGAAACAAAACACACAAGGAGAGAAACAGUUCACAUUUCUUUCUUUCUGAGAUCAAGAGGAAGCUGAAACAAGCAAUCAGAAAGGAGGGGGAAGGGUUUCCAAAGAAUGUGCCAACUAAAGAUCAUUUCUUUCUCGAGCGGAUGGCAAAGCCUUCAACAAAAUCUCAUAAAGAGGAUGAUGAUGAUAAAAAGCAAAGGGUGGUAUCUAACAUUUAUAUAGAGGCCAAGAAACAUCUGUCUGAGAUGUUAAACAAUGGAGAUGUAGUAGAUUCAAACUCAGCUAGCAGACAGUUUCAAAACAGCAGCCUGGGAACCAUUCUCUCCCUUCCUGAGUACUUGUCUCCUCUAAGCAGCCCAUGGGAAAAGAGCUCACCUUCACACAGGAAGUCUGCUUCAGCUGAUUUCAUAAACGCUGUGCACAUCAGCAAGAGAGAAACUCAUGUGAGCCAACCAAACCAUGCACUGAACAAUGAUCAUCUUCCGGUCUGCAAUCUAAGCAAAGAAGAACCAACUGAAAGUGUUGAUAAAAUCUCUGCUGCAGAUAGUGUUAUGAUGAUCAAUGAGAUAGAUAUAGUUCCAGAGGAAGCAAGCUCUACUUUGGUUGUUGACUUACCCAAAGCUGAAGCUCAUGAUGAACAGAGAGAGGGUAUUAUCUCAAAACAGGCCUUUCAUGAAGAGAGACAACCACCACUGUCUUCCUCUGUGGCCUCGCCAUCUCACUGUUUACCUAAAAGUGAAGAGUGCAAAUCAGCUGCUCAUGAUGUUCCUGAAUGGUCAAGCCCAAUAUCAGUUCUUGAGCCACUCUUCAUUGAAGAUGAUAUAAGCCCACCAAAAAUGCGAUCUCAGCCUGAUGAAGCACAAGUGCAACCAUGGUGUAUCCACUUUGAUGAUAAAGAAGAUUCUGCAGAGGAUUCUGUCAAAACCAUUAUCACAAGUGACAAAGAACUGGUGUUUAAGUAUGUAAGAGAUGUCUUGGACGCUGUUGUCUCAGAUUUUGAAGAGCUCUAUCUGAAGGCGCAAUUCUCUGACCAGCUUCUUGAACCGUCACUGAUCAGCAACAUACCGUUCUGUCCAAACCAGCUUUGUCAUGACCAUGAGCUCCUCUUUGACUGCAUCAACGAAGUGAUCAUGGAGCUCUGCUGUUGCCCUCCAUGGGCUUCGUUUGUUGCACCAAGAACCCGAGUCUUCUCUACCGUCAAAAGCAUCAUUCACGAGGUUCAAGAAGCGGUCUACUGGCAUCUCUUGCCAUUGCCACUCCCUCACGCGUUGGAUCAAAUAGUUAGGAAAGAUAUGGCUAAAUCUGGAAACUGGUUAGACAUCAGACGUGACAUUGACUGCAUUGGACUUAAAACUAGUGAGCUGAUUCUCGAGGAGUUAAUUGAAGAGCUCAUCACUGUAAACUGCCUCAACAACAGUGAGCACUCUCUCGUUCCAGCUGAGUUGAAGACUGAUGAGAGCAUGAUCCCUGUUUUAUAAAAGGUCAUGAAAAGUGAAAAGCUCUCUACAUAAAGACAAAGCCAUUGAAUUGAUUGUUGAGAGCACACAAGCUCUGAACAUAGCCUCACUCUCACCAUUAUUAACUUUCAUUAGCUCAGAACACAAUGUAGAUACUUUGUAUUACUUAAUAAUUCUCAGAGAGCUGCUACUUCUGAGAGAGAGAAGAGAUUCUUUUAAGAUCAGCCCGGAAUGUGUUUGUGGUGGGGGCCAUUAUAGAAUCACUUUCAAAGUCUCUUCUUUUAGAAUAUAUUUAGUUACUUGUAAUUUGAGUACUGUGUGUUUGUAUGUUGAGAUGCAGAUAGAUGUGGUAGUGUUUCGGUUUCAUUGAUU